CUUAGACAAUUAUAUGAUAUUAGUCAUUGUAGUAAUCCUCAUCCUAACAUUAACCAAUUUUAUGGAAUUACGUGCGACCCUGAAGCAAAUAAAUUCAUGCUGAUACUACAAUUUGCCAACAGAGGGAACUUGCGACAAUAUUUAAACAACAAAUGGCAUGAAGGAAUUUAUAAAAUAUCGAUAAAUAAAAUUAUCAAAUUUGCAAAACAAGUUACUGAUGGUUUGGAAUACCUACAUAAAAAUAAUAUAAUCCAUUGCGAUCUGCAUCCUAAAAAUAUAUUAAUGAAUGAUGAUAAACUCUUAAUUGCGGAUUUUGGAUUAUCAAGGAAAUUAGACGAUAGUUAUAUCUCUUCGGCUUCAAUUUUAAAGGGCGUGCCAGCGUAUCUUGAUCCAUAUUGUCAUCACCGUCCUGGAAAACAACUAGAUGAAAAAUCAGACAUUUAUAGUUUGGGAGUAAUAUUUUGGGAACUUACAAGCGGGAUUCGUCCAUUCGCAAAUGCUGAACAUGGAUGGAUGAUAAUAUCUUAUAUAUUGGCAGGCUAUCGAGAGCAAACAAUUCCUGGUACGCCACCUAAGUACGCUAAACUUUAUCAAAAAUGCUGGAGUUUUGAACCAACGAAACGUCCAAUGAUAUGUGAAAUUCUCGAAAAUCUUGAUUUAAUAUCAGAAGAAAAAGUAGAUCAAUUUAUAAUGAAUGACAAUAGGGAACUUAUACCUAUUGAAACAGAUGAACAACAUAAAAAUAUGCAUAACGAUGAUUAUGCUAAGAUAUUAUUACAUGCACAUAGUCCUAGUAAAUCGAAUCCGAAAACUUCGAUAGGUUCUUCAGCUAAAGCGUCAAGUGCUAUAUCUGUUAAAAAAUCUAAAGAAUCAUUUCAUUCUAAUUCGAAAAAUUCUAAAGAUUCAUCUUCAACUAGGUCACUUAAAAUGUACUUCUCCAGACAAAAGUUAGAAAAUGCAGAUGAAAUGAAAUCACAAGGGAAAAAACAUUUCCAUGAUGCAAAAGUGAAGUAUCCAAAG